AUGGCCUUCAGCAAAUGCAGAAUUAAUCAGCGUGGCGGAGGUGUCGUGGCAUAUGUUAAGGACAACUUGCAAUGCGAAAUAUUUGAUUUUAUAUCAGUACCACCAGAGCUUGAAAUGAUUUGGUUAUUAGUGUCUCACCACAAAAUACCUAGGGCAGCGCCAUAUUUGAUCAUCGGCUGUGUUUAUAUACCCCCAGAAUCUCCACAUCAGCAACUUUUGAUUGAACACAUUGAGUCAACAGUGGAUAUUAUCCGUACCCACAAACCUCAAGCUGGAAUUAUGAUCACUGGAGACUUUAAUAGAACUGAAAUUAAAUCUUUCUGUAGUGAUUCCAACCUCAACCAGUUCGGUAGGUGGAUGCAGUCUCAGACAUGGUCAGAUGUCUUUGAUGCCCCAGACACGCAAUCUAAAACUAACAAUUUUUAUAGAUCUAUAGAUCGUGCAAUUAAGAAGUUCUUCCCCACUAAAACACUGAAACUACACAACACUGAUAAAAAGUGGAUUACUGCCAAAAUUAAGGAACUAAUUGCUAAAAGACAAAGAGCCCAUGUAAUUGGAGAUUUAGAGAAUAGGAACAUACAUCGAAAUUUAGUUAGGAAAGAAAUUAUUAAAGCUAAAAACUCAUACAAUGUUAACAAAGUUCGUUACCUUCAGAAAGUGGAACCGGGUAGGUGGCAUCGACAAGUAAAAUGGUUUUCCAAUAUGAACAGGGACUCUCUUACCAUCCAUGUCCCUGGCAUUAAUCAAGGUGACCAUAUAGCUAUCGCUAAUGUUGUAAAUAAACACUUAACCAGUCACUCUCAAAGCCAGAAUGCAGUAGAUACAAAAUAUCUCCCUGCAUAUCUCCCUUGUCCUGUGCCACCUACCCAGUUCCACCCAUGGGAAAUUUACGAGGAUCUGAAGAGGGUGUCUGUUUCGAAAUCAACUGGUCCAGAUGGUAUCUCACAAAAGGUGCUUAAAGCAUGCGCCUACGAAUUCAGCGUACCUGUAACACAUAUCAUUAAUUCCUCACUUGCGCAAGGCAAAGUGCCCUUGCAGUGGAAAUUGGCCAAUGUGAUCCCCCUUCCGAAACAGACACCCCAUUCUAUUAACAAAUUAAGGCCAAUUUCCCUGACAUCUACCUUGGCUAAAAUUGCUGAGAAAAGAGUGUCAAGGUUUGUGAUUGAUACAAUUAACCCUUUUAUUAAUCAACAACAAUAUGGAAACCAAAAAGGAGUGUCCACGACCCACUGCUUGAUAGAUGUUUAUAACUUUUUAAUGUCAAAUUGUGAGAAACGAGGUUCAAUAUGCACUCUUGUUCUUACAGACUUUACCAAAGCUUUCGAUUUGAUCGAUCACCGAAUAGCUUUUAACUGUUUAUAUAACGUUGGUAUCUCUCCAUCUAUCUUGCAGUGGGUUGUUGACUUUCUUUCAAAUCGCAAACAGAGGUGCAAGUAUAAAAACUGUUACUCUGAUUGGGAAGUUUUAACUGGAGGUGUCCCGCAAGGGACUAUCCUAGCACCAAUCAUUUUUCUUUGCAUUAUUAAUUCUGCCCUAAAUGAUGUUCCUAUUGAUGGAGAUGUUCAUGUCUGGAAAUAUGUUGAUGACCUGACACUUGGAGAGAGUAGGUUGGUGGAGGGUCAAUGUUCCCUUCAAGCUAAACUUGACUCACUUUCUGUCUGGUCACAUACCAACAAAAUCAAACGGAACCCCUCCAAGUCUACUUUGGCCGCAAUGAUGUUCCAGAUAUAA